AUGGAUGCAGCUUUCAUCUGGAAGCUGUCUAAACUUGGCCGAAUCGGCUCAAACCGAGUUCGCUUCGACGACGACUUUGCCGAUCGUCUCAACUACCAGUACACAGGCGUGCUGCUCUUUCUGUUUAUUGGUCUGAUUGGGAUCCGACAAUACGUGGGUAAUUCCAGCACAUUUUGGCUCAUACUCUACUCGUCCAUUUUAUUAUGA